AUGAAAAAGCAAAGUUCCCACUGGUGGCAGAACGCUUUUUCAUUUUCUUCCUCUAAAUCAACUUCCGACGAUAUCUCCGUCGGGUCCCGCUACUCCCGGAGACCGUCUUUCUUUUCCAGCCGCGGCGGUCGGGUCGGCCGGCACAUCUCUCGAGGCAAAAAGGUUCGCCAUUCGAUCGAUUCUGACUCCGAAGGCUGGCGCAACCCGACUUCUUCUUCCUCCGAUAUCUCCUCUGCUAGGUUUGGUUCCUCUUGUCUUCCCGAAGCGCCGCCGCAGCCGCAGCCGCUUCCCUUGCCGGAAUUGCAGACGCUGCUCCGCCGUGAUGCUAAAUCCGCUUCCGUCAAUUCUGAUUCUAAUUACACCAAUGUCCUGCUGCCGUCACCGAGGGAUUCGAUUCCUAAAUUUCCCGCCACCGAGGAGAAGGAAAAGGAGAAAACCAGCGCUUCCAAUCGUGUAGUUCAUAAUGACGGAGCCACAACCGCCGGCAAUUCGGUUGCCAGGUUAAGCCAAGAUGCCCAGAGAAAUUUAGAACAAUCUGAUGCUUGGUCAUCUAGAAGGUCACCGCCAAAACUGAAUGGGAUAGGUAGAGCUCCAGAUAAUAGGACAUAUAACAUUCCUGUUAGUGCUCCUACUAGCCCUUAUUCAAGUCCUGCACUCAGUCCUCAUAUAAACAAUGGGGAUGCUUUGACACCUCCUCAAUACGUGACUCCUCCAAGCUUUUUUCAAGUUUGGUCUGCUCCAGAGAUGCCAACAUCUGAUCCAAUACUGGGACCUACUUUCAUCUAUCCAGUGUCCUCUGAGGUAGCUGCAUUCAGUGCGGAUAAUACUCCCCUGCCCAGUCCAAGUUGGAGCUACUCCAAAAGUCCCAAUGGGCCUGCUUCCCCGUUGUCUAACAAGUUAGCUAUGGAGGCCUCAAUAGGACGGCGUGAUAACACGGCUCAAGUGAAUGUCCAUCCAAAGACUGGAGCUUUAUGUGCAUUGAAAGAGGUUGAAAUGUUACCAGAUGACCCAAAAUCUGCAGAGAGUAUAAGGCAACUAGAACAGGAAAUUAAAGUUCUCAGGCAUCUCAAGCAUCCGAACAUUGUUCAGUAUUACGGCAGCGAAAUUGUUGGUGACAGGUUUUAUAUAUAUUUAGAAUAUGUUCAUCCUGGUUCAAUCAAUAAAUUUAUCCGCGAUCACUUUGGAGGAAUCACGGAAUCUGUCGUUCGCAACUUCACUCGACAUAUACUCUGUGGACUGGCUUACUUGCAUAGCAAAAAAACUAUUCACAGGGAUAUCAAGGGGGCAAAUUUACUUGUGGAUGCUUAUGGGGUUGUGAAGCUUGCUGAUUUUGGGAUGGCCAAACAUCUUAAUGGCCAUGCAGCUAAUCUUUCUCUGAAGGGGAGCCCAUAUUGGAUGGCCCCAGAGCUCUUGCAAUCCGUAAUGCAGCAGGAUUCUAAUGCUGAUCUGGCAUUGGCUGUUGAUAUAUGGAGUUUAGGUUGCACUAUUAUUGAGAUGUUCUCUGGGAAACCUCCUUGGAGUGAGUAUGAAGGGGCUGCAGCUAUGUUUAAGGUGCUAAAAGAAACUCCGCCGAUACCUGAAAAUCUGUCAGCAGAAGGGAAAGAUUUUUUGUCUUGUUGCUUCCGAAGAAAUCCAGCCGAGAGGGCAUCUGCUAGCAUGUUACUGGAACACCCUUUUGUUAGGAACUCUCAUCCUUCAGAUGCUGUAUCCAGAGCACUUUCUCCCACUGCAUUUAAAUCAAGGGACAUUACAAGGGAGCACUUAAGGUUGAAGCUUGAUCAAGUUCCUGUAUACACAGAUGCUGUAUCCAGAGCACAGUCUCCUACUGUGAAUAAAUUAAGGGACUGUACAACGGAGAACUUAAAGUUGAAGCUUGACGAAGUCCCUGUACAUGCAGAUAUGCAUAUGGCCCGAGGAAAAAUGAAUGACAACCUUCUGAACGCUUCUCUUUCGCAAAUGAGAUUGGCAAACGACGUCAGCACAAAGCUUUGA